CACACACAGUGCAAAGGUUGUAAAACUUUGUUUUUGAGAAGAAACAGACACACACUGCAGCUCUCUCCUCCAAACACUGACUGAUGGAGCUGAUCACUUUCCCAGUGCUGCGCCGGGUGGCGGUUUGCGGUGGCACACACGGCAACGAGCUGUCGGGCGUGUACGUGGUACAGGAGCUGGAGAGGCAGAUGAAGGAGAGAGGCGAAGCGUUCCCCUUCAGUCUCACCGCCGUGCUGUCCAACCCACGAGCCGUCGAGGCGUGCAAGAGAUACGUGGAUAAAGAUCUGAACCGCUGCUUCACCAGCGCCAUUCUCAGCACUCCGAUCGGAGAGGACACGCCGUACGAGAUCCGAAGAGCUCAGGAACUAAACUCUCUGCUGGGUCCAAAAGGCGCGGCCAGUGCUACUGAUGUUCUCUGUGACCUCCAUAACACCACGGCUCACAUGGGCCUGACCAUCAUCUCCUACUUCUGGAAAAACUGGAUCUGCUUGCACCUCUACAAAUACAUACAGACGAAGGUGACGGCGGUCCCUGUGAGGCUGAUGUUAUUGGAUAUUCAGUAUGACGACGCGUAUUCGAUGGAAUCUCUCUCCAAGAAUGGAAUCACUAUAGAGGUGGGACCGCAGCCACACAGUGUGGUCAGAGCAGACAUCUACAACGUCAUGAAGCAGGGGGUCGAUUCUGUUCUGGACUGGGUUAAACUCUUCAACUCAGGGAAGCUAAUAGAGGGGGGUGAGGUGGACGGUUACAUGAUUGAGAGGAGCAUGGAUUACCCCCGAGAUCCCAAAACUCAAAAACCUUCAGCCAUGAUCCAUCCACAACUACAGGACCGAGACUUCCAGCUCCUGAGACGUGGAGACCCCGUGUUCCUCACCUUCUCUGGAGAGACUCUGACCUACGAAGACGAAGAACCGCUUCACGCCAUCUUCGUCAACGAAGCGGCUUAUUAUGAGAAGGGCGUGGCCUUUCACCUCGCUCGCAAAAAAACCGUCAUGGUUCCCAGCGUCCGAGCGGAACCGAACUGAGAGAAACGAGAGAGAGAAAACGUUCCAAACCAAAGAGAAGCUCAGGACUCCAUCGUACACUGUGAUACUGAUAACAACACCAAUCCUCUACAAUCACAUGAUCUUAUAAUAAUGUCACGUUUUUAUUACAUUUUAACAGAUUUCAUUCAUAUUUAUAUUUAUUUUUAUUACUCAAUCAAAGCUGUGAAGACAAAACUAAAUAAAAUGAUUUUCCACUUAAAA